CUUUAUUGCAGCUCCUCUCUAGAUCCGAGGUUUUUCUUCUCUGUUUUCACUCUGGAAUGAACUAAGUUUUUUUUCCUUUUGUGUUGGAAUUUUAGUUGGUUUUUGUUUUCUUUUUUACAAGGUUUCUUGUUGUAAGCUUCUUUGUGUUAGUUUAUGGGGAAAGAUCUGAUUUUUUAUUGUUAGUCUCCAAAUUUUGAUAGGUUUCUCUAUAUGGGUUUUUUUUUCCAAGGCUGGGUUCUUCAUAGAAAUUAGAGAGAAAACCCUGUUUUGUUGUGGUUGUAAGUUUGGCCUGUAAUUAUGGAUUCUCAUCUCACUGGAUUCCCUCACACAGUUAAUGGUUUCAAGAUUAAUGAUGGGUAUCUUUUGCCUAAUCCAAACGUAUACCCAAAAUUUGAAAUUUCUGAUGGGGUUGGAUCAAAUGACCAAUCUUUAGAUUUCAGCUCUCUAGGUGUCCCAUUUUUACCUUCUUUAGGUUUGGGUGAUUCUAGCUUUGCUUCAAUUUUGAGCAUGGGUAGCAUGGGUAAAGAGGGAGAUACUUUUUCUCCGACCGAUGACACUGAUGUCUCGGACACCGUUCUUAAGUACAUAAGUCAGGUGCUUUUGGAAGAGGACAUGGAAGAGAAGCCCUGCAUGUUCCAUGACUCCUUGGCUCUGCAAGCUGCAGAGAAGUCUCUUUAUGAAGUUCUUGGUGAAAGCUAUCCUCCUCGAGAUCAAGCUCCUGUUUGUGUCGAUCCAAGUGUUGAGAGCCCGGAUAACUGUUCUUUUGGUACUUCCAGUGAUCAUAGCAUUCAUAGUGGUUCUAGUUCCUGUACUAGCUAUUCGAUUGAGUCUCAGUGGAAUGGUGAUUUUAGCGAAAACAACAACAGACCGUCUUUGUUACAAACAAGCAUUCCUGAAAACUUUGUUUUUCAGUCUACUGUGGAUCCGGGUUCACGGUUUUCAUCUCAUUCUCAAAAUGGUAGUGCUAAUAAUGGGAAUGGAUUCAGGGGAUCUCCUGCGAGUGAGUUUUUGGUUCCAAAUUAUUUUAGUCAAAGUGAAUUGGCAUUGCACUUCAAGAGGGGGUUUGAAGAAGCUAGUAAGUUCCUACCAAAAGGUAAUCAACUGAAUGUCGGUUUCAAGAGCAAUGCAUUGACUUCAGAGUUGAAGCAGAAGGCUUCAAACACGGUAGUUAAAGUGGAGAGUGACAGGAAGGAGUACUCACCACCUCGUUUGAUCAGAAAGAAGAGUCAUGAGCGAGAAGAUGAAGAUUUAGAAGAGAGGAAUAACAAACAGUCGGCAGUUUUGGGGGACGAGAGUGAGCUAUCAGACAUGUUCGAUAAGGUGUUGAUUUGUGCUGGGAGAAGAGGGCAGUCUUCCUCUUCCACUGCUGAUGAGACUUUGCCGAAUGGACCGAGCAAGACGCUGCUGCCGAAUGAGCAAACAAAUGGAUCCAAUAGUGGGAAGGCGCGUGGCAAGAAACAGGGUAAGAAGAAAGUAGUGGAUUUGAGGACUCUCCUGAUCUUAUGCGCGCAAGCUAUCACUUCCAAUGACAAUGUGACUGCUAAGGAACUGAUAAAGCAGAUUAGGCAGCAUUCUUCGCCCUAUGGUGACGGGUCUCAGAGAUUAGCUCAUUACUUUGUUGAUGCCCUUGAAGCACGCUUAGCUGGCACUGGAACUCAAAUUUAUACCUCUCUGAUUGCUAAAAGAACGUCAGCCGCUGAUAUGUUGAAAGCUUACCAAGUUUAUAUUUCAGUCUGCCCAUUCGUGAAGGUGCCUAUUAUUUUUGCAAACAACUACAUUUCGAAGGCAGCAGAGAAAGCAACAAAGCUCCAUAUCAUAGACUUUGGUAUUUUUUAUGGUUUUCAUUGGCCUGCUUUAAUUCACCGCCUCGCAAACAGACCUGGUGGUCCUCCAAAGUUACGCAUUACGGGAAUAGAGUUUCCCCAACCUGGCUUCAGGCCUGCUGAAGCUGUGCAGGAGACAGGGCGUCGAUUGGUAAAGUAUUGUGAACGUUACAAUGUUCCGUUUGAGUACCAUGCUAUAGCUCAGAAAUGGGAGACUAUCCGAACUGAGGACCUCAAGAUUAAUUCUGAUGAAGUUAUUGCUGUCAAUUGUCUCUGUCGAUUUAGGAACCUACUUGAUGAGACAGUAGUGUUAAAUAGUCCGAGGGAUACUGUUCUGAACUUGAUUCGGAAGAUAAACCCAGAUGUUUUUGUUCAUAGUGUUGUUAAUGGAUCCUACAAUGCCCCCUUUUUUGUCACAAGAUUCCGGGAGGCACUCUUUCAUUUUUCUGCACUGUUUGAUAUGUGUGAGACAAAUGUCUCUCAUGAAGAUAACAUGAGGUCGAUGCUUGAACAGAAGUUUUAUGGGCGGGAAAUUAUGAAUAUCAUAGCAUGUGAAGGCACAGAAAGAGUAGAGAGACCUGAAUCAUAUAAACAGUGGCAGGUUCGUAACAUGAGGGCUGGGUUUGUGCAGCUUCCGUUAAACCCUGAACUUAUGAAGAGAGUGAAAGAGAGGGUGAAGGCACGCUACCACAGUGAUUUUAUGGUUGACGUGGAUGGCCGGUGGAUGUUGCAGGGAUGGAAGGGUCGAAUCAUCUAUGCAUCUUCUGCUUGGAUACCUGCAUAAGAUAAUAACUACUAGCAGAGGGCCAACUAAUGGAGGUCUGUCCACUUUAGAGACAGCUUACUGCCAUCAUCAUUAUGCCGGGAAGUGACAUCGAGCUCUCAGGACUACGUACAUGGGCUCUUUGGCGCCUUUGACCUAUUGUUGUACCCUAAUGUAGUUAGUAUAACUCCAAAGAUGAAGAUGAUACAGUACUAUAAUUUAUUUAUAAUCCAUGGCCAGGGUUCUUACAGCAUAGAAAUGGUGGCAGUGGCUGUUCCUGCUAGCUUCUUUUUUUUUAAAUAAAAAAAUUCAUGUCACAA